UCAACAACUUCCAAAAUACUGGACUAAUUAUUAGGUACGUCAAAUUACAUUAUAUGAUAAAAUAAUUACAAAUAUUGAGCGCCGAGGAGGUAGGGUUGCCAUCUUUUUUUCUACAGAAAAAAUAGUAUUUUUGUCAAAAUAUUGAAAAAAAAAGUAUUUACUGCGAAAAUGAAAAAAAAAAGAACAAAUUGUUGAGGCGAAUUGCGGCGUAUAAAAAAACCAAGAGUACUUACCAAUAAAGUAAUAGAGCAACAUUCGAAUAUUACAGAUUUGAUUUGGUGUUGAUUACUUGUAGUGUAUCUUAAGAGAACCAAUAUUAAGUAGGUAGGUAUCGACGAAGAUGAAUUGCGAGUAACUUGAAUUGAAUAUCGAAUCGAGUUGAUUUCUAUGCAAAUGCCCAAAAAGCUAAAAAGAUUAAAUGUAGCUUUCCCGCAAACAGUCUAAAGGGCCUUGAAAAUUAAAAUAUGUUUACUAUCCGUCAAGAUGUGUCACUAAUUACCAUCUACAAACGUCACAAAACAGUUACAGUUACCGAUGGACAAAGUCAAUUAUAAAGUCGAUGUCCUGCGCGACUAAGUCAGUCUCGCACGCCAUUCAAAACACCGCUGCCGAUGCGCCAACCGCCUCAAGAUUCCAAAAACAAAAAUCAAUUUGGGAUCCAUCGCGUUUCGGAGUCCGGGCACGCACUGCGCCCUAGGCCGGCCGCCGCGACGCGCCACUGACACAUUUCUGCGGUUUCGCGCGCCGUUUGAAUUUAGAAUCGCUUUUAGUUUUCGAAUUGUUUAUUUUUUAUCGGUGAAGUGCCUGUGAAUUUGGUUUUUGGUGAUUUUUUUUCGAGAUGGAGCUACGAUUCAAGUCAGGGAUGUCUUUUCUGACGUACUGGAUCUUCGUUUUACAAUUAUUGGGCAGCCCAUAUCGCGGCGCCGAAGGUCACGGCAGACUGAUGGACCCGCCGGCACGCAACUCCAUGUGGAGGUUUGGUUUCCCCAAUCCUGUCAACUACAACGACAAUGAACUCUUCUGCGGGGGCUACGCCGUCCAGUGGGAACAAAACUCUGGCCGCUGCGGCGUGUGCGGCGACGCGCAUCACCUCUCCGAACCUAGGCCUCAUGAGGCCGGAGGCAUGUUUGGAAAAGGGAUCAUCACGAAGCACUACAGUGUUGGACAGGAAAUCGAAGUGGAGAUCGAACUGACGGCUAACCACUUGGGCACGUUUGUCAUGAAACUAUGUCCAAACAACAACCCUAAUCAGGAAGCUACGCAAGAAUGUUUUGACAGGUACCCCCUCGUCGUAUCCGGUACCCGGGAGGACCGCUUCCUGAUACCUCUGGACACGGCCAAGAAGGAGAUCUUCAGGUACCGCGUCGGUCUGCCCGCUUACGUCACUUGCACUCAAUGUGUGUUGCAGUGGACUUAUUAUACUGGCAACAUGUGGGGCAUCUGCCCCAACGGCACGGAGGCCGUGGGCUGCGGGCGCUCCGAGACCUUCCGGAACUGCGCCGACAUCAGCAUCGUGACCAGCACCGGAGGCCUGCCGCCGGCCUUCGCGGGCGACCUCCGCAGGGACAACCCCUUCCUGCUGUAUUAUAGGGACGCGUACCGGCCGCAGAAUCUGUAUCCGCUAGUUGUCAGGGAAGAAAGAGAUUAUAAGGAGUCGUUGCAAAUUAGCAACGAUAUUUCGGAUAGCGACGAAGAUUAUGUCCCUCAAAUUAUUAGGGACCAAGUCUGCGUGCCCUCGCCUGCGUACCGCGUGCUGCCUGGUAUGCAGAAUUGGUGUCAGACGAACUGUCUUCGGUAUCCUCCUAAUUGUCCUGAAGCGCUAUGUUCAUGCCCACAAACCUGCGAAGCCAUCGGGGAGCUGGAAGGGCGAGAGGGCGCUGACGUCUACUGCCUGGACCAAUGUAUCGUCUACCCGUCUCGCUGCCCCGCCGACAGAUGUCGCUGUUAUUAAACUGACAAACAUUUAGGUUUAUGACAGACAUAUUAAUUUGAGAGGAAAUUUGACAACGGCUUUUCCAUACGACAGUAGUCUCCAGUCCAAAAUCCAUUUUUAUAGCUCCUAACUCUUGUAAUAAAUCAUAAUAAAUCGAAGAAGUUCAAACGAAGGGACAUAGAUGGCUAAGGGUAAAUGUAAAUUCCAACCAAGAAGUCGUCAACUUAUCGUGGUUCCUAAAUCUCGUAGGUACUGUGUCCCACUGUAAACCACCAAUCCGCGUUCUCCAACAUCUUAACGCGUUCUGCGUAUCAGCACCGGAA